AUGAAAAUAAAAAAGCUUAAAUUACGUCCAAGAAGAAUUGAACAAAUUGGCCCUUGCACUGCUGAAAUUGCCGCAGUUUUAACUUGUUGGUCGAAUAGCUCAGUGGAUUCCCCUGCUUGCAAAAAAUCAGUAGAAGCUCUUACUGAAUGUAUGCGUAAUGCUACUAGGAAAAUACUUGUAAAAUCCAAAGACGAUGAAAUUAUUAAACAAAUAAACAGCAUUAAAUAUUGCAUGAAAAUUUUCGAUAUUUCUUCAAUUAUCAUUUUGAGUAUAAAAGAUGAUAUCAAAGAUUCAGAUAUUUCUUUAAAAGAUAAAUAA